UUCACAAUCCCCCAUAUUUCUUUUUCAUAUUUCCCUUUUAUCUCUUCUACAUCUCUCAUCAGAGAAUCAUCAAUCUUCAUAUUUACACCACAGUAGCAAGCAUCUCCAUUAAUAUCAAUGGAGACAAAUCCACCAACCUCUGAAUUAAUGUCGCCGGUCCGUAGUUUCCCAAACCGGUUCUUUUGCAGCGACUUCCAAAACGAUGAAGAAUUUAAUGCUCCAGCAUCUGCAUACACUUAUAUGCAUGUUGAUUGUUCUCGGUCAUCUGAAGCCCCUGUUAGAUCCCCGGAUGUUUUGGUAUCCAACAAUUUCAUGAAAAACGCGGUUAUUGAUGACCAGGAUAUGGAUAUUGAUGAAGCAUCCCAAGAUUCCCAGAUGGAAGCCAUGACUGUUGCUGUUUCUGGAUCAUCUCAUGGUCCUUCUAUGUUUGCUGAAUCACCACGCGGCCAGUUAGACGGUUGUACAAUGGACAAUGGGAUCCCACUUUAUUUUCAUAUCACACAUUUUAUAACUUGUAUUGUCAUGCCAUUUUAUUGCAGAUUCAUAACUUUUUCCGUUUUAUGGUACAGGUCCUUCGAAUCCAUACUUUGUUUUUGAUACCCCUCAGGGAACCCGUUACUGGAUUCCUAAUGUUGCUGAUAAGUUCAUACCGGUGUGUGGCAAAACUUAUCCAACCUUUCAGGAUGUUCUUUCCAUGUAUGAACUUUAUGCGCUCGAAGCAGGUUUUUCUGUUAAAAAAGGUCAAACUAAAGUCUGGAAUGGAAUUCCCACACACAAGUAUCUCCGAUGCUCAAAAUAUGGAAAACCCCAACCAAAGCGGACUUUUGACACCCUAGAUGAAUCUUCUGUUAAGCACCGGAGGACCACCUUCUCAUGGUGUGACUGUAAGGCAAGCAUACUAGUAUCGAUAUCGAACGAUUCAUACACAGUCCUGACUUUCAAUG